UCGGACAGUAGCAAGAGGGAAGCAUUAUGGCCACAUCGAGCUUUUUUUGCAGGAUACCAUAUGAACCACCUACAUGGGCUUUAAAACUGAAAAAGAUACCAUCUUCUCGUGUUAAGUUAGUUCACGCAGAGACGCCGAUUCAUGAGUGGAAAGUCCCUGGUGUAAAGGCUCCGUUCACACUUCACGUAAAGCGAGACGACCUAACUGGCAGUACGCUUACUGGAAACAAGGUUCGAAAGUUAGAGUUUUUGUUGGCAGAUGCUUUGGACAAGGGUUGCAAGCACAUAAUUACGUGUGCUGGAAUGCAGUCUAAUCAUUGUAGAGCCACAGCGGUGGCGUCAGCUCAAAUGGGAUUGAAAAGUCAUCUAGUGGUUCGAUCCAAACUGAAGGGAGACAAGUGGAGAAGACUCGUACCUCAUUCCUCUUGGUGGGAGUAAUUCGGUCGGACUUUUUGG